UCGCCAUCACUGAUUUAGACUAAAACCACCAGUUUAUUACUUUUAGAGAUGUUGCCUUACCAGCCCGGAGGAAUGACCAUCUCUCUGAUUUAAAGAAGAAAAAAAAAAAAAAAAGUAGAGCAAGCUUAAGGCCAGUGACUAGGCUGAUAUUAAAUGAGCAUUUUCCACUUGAUCAUUAUCUUAGGGAAAUUGGGAAGCUGCCUCUGGUACUUAAAUACAAGUCACUUCCCUGUUUCUAGGGAGAACUUAAGAGAUAGAAGCAGCAUAGACAGAAAAGGAAUCAAGUUCAGUUGGUGUUGCCAAGCUCCUCGAACAGUUGAGCAGGGGAAGGGACCUACCAAGGGCUACACAGCCGAGACGCAUCCAGAGCAUUUGUGACUGGGGACUACUCUGAAGCAGGCCUUGUGGAUGAUGUAUCUGACUUGUCAUUUUCUGAGAUGCUGACACUUCAAAAUUGGCUAUCAUUCUAUGAGAAGAAUUACGUAUUUGUUGGAAGGGUGAUUGGAAGGUUCUAUGGAAAGGAUGGGCUACCCACCUCGGAACUGACCCAGGUAGAAGCCAUGAUCACCAAAGGCUUGGAGGCAAACAAACAGGAACUAAAAGAGAAGAAGAAGUUUCCACCAUGCAACACGGAGUGGAGCUCAGCCAGGGGCAGCAGGUUCUGGUGUUCCCAAACGAGUGGAGGCGUGAGCAGAGACUGGACUGGUGUCCCCAGGAAGCUGUACAAGCCAGGUGCCAAGGAGCCCCACUGUGUGUGUGUGAGAACAACCGGUCCCCCUAGUGACCCAGCACCAGACAACCCUACACACAGAGAUCGUGGGGACUUGGACCACCCCAACUUGGAGGAAUACACAGGCUGCCCACCCCUGGCCAUUACAUGCUCUUUCCCACUCUAAGCUGGUGCCGUCUGUUGAUAACCCCCAGAGAAGCCUAAUGAGCCCCGACUCACGUGCACUAGGAUGGCUCCUGACAUCGGACAAGAGGGCCUGGAAGGACUCUGGCCUCUGCAAAUGUGGCCCAUGACUCACCAUGGGCUCACCGUUCUGGUGACUGAGGCCAGAGCUGGGAACUCGCCUAGUACUGGUCAGCACGUUUUUGCCACUAUUCCUCUAGAUCUACUUGCCAUCCUCCUUCAGAGCUCUCAAAUAUUAAUGAACACAAAUAUGAUCAACUGAAAACUAAAUGGACAGACAAGCAAAGGGCUCUAAGCUCCAAUCCUUCCCACGGACUCCCAGGCUGCCAGAUCAGCUGCUGGUCUGGUCAGGGGCACUGGCAAAAAGGCACUACAUCACUCUCUGACAAUUCAGAAACAAGAGAAUACAUCCAGAAAAGACCAAAAAUGAAUGAAUGAAUAAAUAAAUAAAUAAAUAAGAACGGCAUCAACAUACUCUCUUCCAGGUUCCCCGAUGGCUAAACUUGUUACCCCUGACUUUUAUAACCUUUUUUUUCUUUCUUUUUUUGUUAAUACUCAACCGAGGAUAUUUUUAGGGAGAGUAGAAGAGAGAGGGAAAGACAGACAAAAACACUGAUGUGAAAGAAACACAUCGACUGGUUGCCUCUGCACGAGCCCCGACUGGGAAGAAGCCUGCAACAAAGGUUCGUGCCUUGACCAGAACUGAACCCAGGACCCUUUGGUCCGCAGGUCAAUGCUCUAUCUACUGAGCCAAACCGUCUAGGGCUGUAACCUUUCUUAUUUGUGACUCCUCUUCCCUAAUUUACAGCAAAAAGCCGCAUUGAGUUGAUAUCAGCUGGGCCAAUACAGUCAGAGGUGAC